AAAACGUGCCUUCUGACCACAACGAACCUGCUGCCUGCCAUUAUUGAUUCCCUGUUCUCUGCUCAUCAGCCCAAUUUAUAGACUUCUCCUUUAUGCUUUUGCUCCAUUACUUUCGGCCUCUAGCACAAAUGAGCUGAAAUGGGCAACAAGCUUUUCUCUUCCUUCUUCUUUUUCUUCUUCUUCAUAAUUUACUCCAUUUGUUCCAUUUCAGCCUCUUCAUCCUGUCCCAUAGAUCUCAGUUAUGUUCAAACCAUCCCAUGGGAUUCAUCUGGGUGUCGUAAGCCUGAUAGGGGACAUUGCUGUUUGACUCUUCUUAGCCUCUUUGGCAUGGGAAUAGCUCAGCAUCUUAGAGAGACCUCUAUGUUUCAACUGCCUGAUGCUAAUGCUUCCUCUUCUUGCCUCUCUGAUUUUCAAACCAGGCUUUCUGCUAUGUCCAUUGAUCCGUCAUUAGUCCCUUUAUGCUUCAACAACUCUAAUCAAUUUGUUGGUAAUGCUUCUAGUUGUGUUGGAAUUUUUACUACCCAAGAUUGGACAGAGAAGGUGGGUCCAAUCACCCCAUUGCAGACUUCUUGUAAAGGAGAUGUAUCAGGAUUAACUCAGUGCAGCUCCUGUCUUGAUGCUGGCCAAAAGGUGACCUCCCAGUUGACGAGUUUAGAUCCAGAUGCCAAUUCAAAAUGCUUUUAUUUCACCUGUUUGUAUGCUGCUGCAAUUGUUAAUGAGCUUGGACCAAUGGAUCCCAAAACAGCUGCUUGCAUGCUGGGCUUGCCAUUGACAGGCUCAGCAACUAACAACACAUCCAAAAGUUCCAGCAAAGAUAAGUCUCUAAAAGUGGUCUUCGGAUUCACAGGAGCGGCUGUUGGUUCUUUGCUUGCUGGUGGACUAAUUCUCUGGUACAGGAGAUGGCACAAGAGGAAGAAGCUUAAUGCUUCACACGAGCAAUAUGUGAGCAGUUUCAGAACCGGCGUGUUGCCUAACUCAGGUGCAAAAUGGUUUAACUUAUCAGAACUCGAACGAGCUACUAAAGGAUUUUCGAAGAGGAACUUCAUUGGUCAAGGCACUUAUGGGGUUGUGUAUAAAGGCAUUCUAGCAGAUGGAACUACGGUUGCAGUGAAGCAAAUGCAAGAUUUGGAUUCACAGGGAGAUGAAGAAUUCUCCAAUGAAGUUGAGAUCAUAAGCAAAAUCAGACACAGAAAUCUUCUUUCUCUUCGAGGUUGCUGCGUUACAAGCGAUAUCUUGGAAGGCAAAAGGAGAUAUCUCGUCUAUGAUUUCAUGUCCAACGGUAGCCUGAGUGACCAUUUGUCCGGCGACCACAGCAGGACGCAACUGAGUUGGCCUCAGAGAAAGAACAUUCUCCUUGACGUGGCCAAAGGACUCGCUUACUUGCACUACGGUCUGAAACCUGCCAUUUAUCACCGAGACAUCAAGACCACAAACAUACUACUGGACAUGGAAAUGAAAGCAAAAGUUGCAGACUUUGGGUUGGCGAAGCAAAGCUUGGAAGGCCAGUCACAUCUCACCACAAGAGUGGCCGGAACCCAUGGCUACUUAGCACCGGAAUAUGCUCUCUACGGUCAGUUAACAGAGAAAAGCGAUGUCUACAGCUUUGGAAUUGUGAUUCUUGAAGUAAUGAGCGGAAGGAAAGUGCUUGAUACGUCGAAUUCUUCGUUUCUUUUGAUUACUGAUUGGGCAUGGACGUUGGCAAAAUCUGGGAAAAUAGAGAAAAUUUUUGAUGAAUCUAUAAGGGAGGAGGGACCCAAAGGGGUGAUGGAGAGAUUUGUUCAUGUUGGGAUUCUUUGUGCACAUGUAAUGGUGGCAUUUAGACCUACCAUUGCUGAAGCUCUUAGAAUGCUAGAGGGUGACAUUGACAUCCCACAGUUACCUGACAGACCAAUGCCGCUCGGCCACGAAGCAUUUAGAUCGUCUCUCUUGUGUAGUAACAGUUCAAGUGAAAGAUCAAGAACCACCAGCAGUUCCAGUAAAAGCUUAGUGUAGAUUGUGGAUAAGUUGAGAUUUCUUGGAUUUGAUUAAUCUUUGUUUGGUCAGAAAAUUCAAAAUUCUAUCUGCUAGCUGACUUUUGAUCUGAAUUUCUAUUUUGAAUUUAUACAUUCAGUGAUGGGCUAGUUUUUUUUUUUUUU